AUGGAUAUUCUUCUUUGUACCCAUCAUGAUGCCUUCGUUAGAUGGCGCCAGCAAUGCUACGUGGAUAUCUGUAGUCAAAAAGGAAGAAUACUAUCGCCAAUACCUUGGCUAUUAUGUCAUGGUCAAGCUGUGUCUCGUAUCGAAUAUGAACGCUUGUUUUCUGUAAUUGGUACAACGUAUGGUAUAGGCGACGAUUCAACAACAUUCAACGUGCCGGAUUUUCGUGGUCGAUUCCCCUUAGGAGUCGAUGAAACGAAUUUAACCGUUGCUAACGCAGGAAAAUUAGGACUACUGGGUGGUAACUCAUCGCAUGAAUUAACAGUUAAACAAUUACCACCUCAUAAGCAUGAUGGUGGCAGUUAUCGAACCGGAACAGAUGGCUAUCAUACAUAUGGAUAUCAUGAUCCUGGAUAUGAUCAUGGUGGACGAACUGGAAGUGAAAUGUAUGGCAGAGGUCAUUAUGAGGUUCACGGUACAAAUAGGCGUACCAAUGAAGAUGCAUCUCACUCGCAUACGAUUGCACAAGAUACAACACAUAUAACUAUUUACGAAGCUGGUAGUCAUUCACAUUCAGUCCAGGAGAAAGAUCAUUGGAUUCUUGAUGCACUUAUUUGUAAUGGUGAUGGAAUUUACUUGGGUAUGAAAACAUGUGAAUAUUUAAAAAUGAAACCAUAA